AUGGCUGCCUGUAGCGAGAGAGAGGGAGAGAAAGCUUCUGACUCCUCCAUUGAAACACUUUCCAGCGGCAUACAGUGAGGGGAUUCUGUGGUGCUGGGCAUAGCACCAUGGCUCAGACGCUGCAGAUGGCGAUCCCAAAUUUCGGUAACAACGUCCUGGAGUGUCUGAACGAGCAGCGGCUGCAGGGGCUGUACUGCGACGUGUCGGUGGUGGUGAAGGGCCACGCCUUCAAGGCGCACCGCGCCGUGCUGGCGGCCAGCAGCUCCUACUUCCGGGACCUCUUCAACUCGGGCAGCAAGAGCUCGGUGGUGGAGCUGCCGUCGGCCGUGCAGCCGCAGAGCUUCCAGCAGAUCCUAUCCUUCUGCUACACGGGCCGCCUCAGCAUGAACGUGGGCGACCAGUUCCUGCUCAUGUACACGGCCGGCUUCCUGCAGAUCCAGCAGAUCAUGGAGAAGGGCACCGAGUUCUUCCUCAAGGUCAGCUCCCCGAGCUGCGACUCGCAGGGGCUGCACGCCGAGGAGACCCCGCCCUCCGAGCCCCAGAGCCCCGUCACGCAGACGGCCGCCGGAGGGGCGGCGGGGGCCGGCGGGGGCGCGGGUGCGGCUGCCGCCACCGCCGCCGGGCGCCCCGCCUCCUGCCUCACCCCGCUCCCCCUGGUGUCGCGCGUCAAGAUGGAGCAGCAGGAGUCCUCCUCCCACUCGGUGGUGUGCACCCCCGUGGCUAAGCGGCUGUGGGAGGGGGGCAACCGCGAGGCGGGCGGCGGCUCAGGGGGCGGAGGGGGCGGGGGCAUGAGGAAGGCCGCCCGCUUCUCCCAGGAGGCGGCGAGGGGCGGCGGCCUCCAGUCUCAGGGCGGCGCGGGCGCCCACACCGGGAGCACCACCAACAGCAACAACAACAACAACACCACCUCUGAGGGCACGAGCCCGGGCAACCUGAGCGCCUACACCAGCGACUCGCCCAUCUCCUACCACGACGACGAGGAGGAGGAGGAGGUGACGGAGGACGGCACGGAGGAGCAGUACCGACAGAUCUGCAACAUGUACACCAUGUACAGCAUGCUCAACGUAGGAGCCGCAGCCGGCGAGCGCGUGGACGCCCUGCCGGACCACCUGACCACGGACACCCGCAGCAGGAUGCGCAUGCGGCAGGACCUGGCCUCGCUGCCCGCCGAGCUCAUCACGCAGAUCGGCAACCGCUGCCACCCCAAGCUCUACGAGGAGGGAGACCCCGCCGAGAAGCUGGAGCUGGUCUCAGGCACCAGCGUCUUCAUCACACGGGCCCAGCUGAUGAACUGCCAUGUCAGUGCAGGGACUCGGCACAAAGUACUGCUGAGGAGGCUGCUGGCCUCUUUCUUCGACCGGAACACUCUGGCCAAUAGCUGUGGCACAGGCAUCCGUUCCUCGACCAAUGACCCCAGCCGCAAGCCGCUGGACAGCCGAGUGCUGCACGCCGUCAAGUUUUACUGCCAGAACUUCGCCCCGAGCUUCAAGGAGAGCGAGAUGAACGCCAUCGCGGCCGACAUGUGCACCAACGCGCGGCGCGUGGUGCGCAAGAGCUGGAUCCCCAAGCUGAAGCUGCUGAUGGCGGAGGGGGACGCCUACUCCAGCUUCCUGCCCGACACGGUGAAGAUGGAGGAGGACGGGCUGGGGCCGGACGGCUUCGAGGCCGCCGGCCUGGAGGCCGGGGCCUCCGGCGAGGCGGGUGCCUCCAGCGAGGCCCUGCAGGGGGUGGGCGGAGACAGCAGCACUUUGUUUUAGUGAGUGACCCUGGUUAAACACCACCCCACCCACCCCCC